AUGCUCCAGUUUAUGAAGCAUGAUGGAGAUUCAAAGUGGUAUUAUAGUAGAGACAAGAAUGGUAGAGACUGGAGAACUCUAGGUAAUACUGGUGGAUUCUAUAAUGAUGAUAGGCCUACCGAGAAACUUUCCGAAAAACUAGAUGAGGUAGCAUGUUCCAUUGGUAUUGGUGUUACCAUGAAUCUAACUCAUGGUAAACAUAAGUCCGGAGAACCAUACUGUUGCGGUAGGAAACAUGAUGGACAACCUGGUCCACCUACCGAUGGGGAAGUAGCUAAUACUAUUCCUUACUUCAAGCAUGAGAUUGAGCUUGGAACUGAACUCUCUGGCAUCAAGUAUAACGAUGGAGGUGCUAGUAGAAAAAAUAUAGUUUUAAAUGGACACAAAUUCCCUAUCCCUGGCUCAUUCAAUGUUUAUGCCUUCUACUGUGGAAAUAAUCCAGUUCUUAUUUAUGUUGAUUCAUCUGGGAGCCCUCCAGUUAAGAGCUGGUUCAAACAGGGGAGUAGCGAUGAGUGGGAAAAGGUAGAAGAUCUCGGGGAUACAAUGCCAGAUAACAUAAAAAGCUGUAAGGGUAACAAGGAAUUUAGUGCACUUGUGAAGGAACUAGAUUGUCCAGACUAUAAAGAAUGUACUGAACCCAUUCUAUCCUCACCUGCUAAACUUGGUGCUAGUAAAGUUGAUAAAGCUGAAGUGGAUAGUCAACCUAGAGAUACUGAAGGAGGACUGUGGAAAACAGUUAUUGACGCUGCUCGUCCUCUUAUUAAUAUUGGACUAGGUGGAUCAGCUCUUGCUGGACUGUAUGGUACAACCGCAGCUCUUGGACUGGCUAAGAGCCUUCUAGACCCUCCACCUCUUGGACAGGAUGGAAUUCAACGUGAGGAAGUUCCCGCAGCUGACUUAUCUGACCAGGUUCCUGAUACCGAGUCUGAGACAAAGAUUCUCCUACAAGGUACUCCAGUGGCUCAAAUGGCUGAAGAUGCCAUAGAUGGUGAAAGACUAAAAGAACAUCUUUCUGCUCAUCGCUCUGCUUCUCUUGGUCCUUCUGGACCUCAAGGACCUUCUGGUAAUGAAGAAGCUGCUCCUCCUGAUUCUUCUGCUUCUGAAUUUACUCCUCAACCUGCUGCUCUUGCUGGAGUUGUUACUGGUCUAAGCUCAUGGGCUAUCUCUGGUAUAUCCUCUGGCACCCUUGCCGGAACUGGCGCAACAUUCUUUGGAGGCUGGAAACUUUAUAAUCGUUCUAAUGGAGACUCAUGGAUAUUAUACACUUGCAUCCUAUGGAAAAUUAUGAACAAGCUAUCAUAUAUGAGCGUUAUAUAUGUGGAUUAA